UGUCCAUAUGUCCAUUGGCUGCUUCUCACCCAGUGCUGCUGUCUUUCUCCUGCUCCAUCAUGCUGCUCCGAGCGCUGCUUCAGACUUCCCUGAUUCUCUGUUUGGCUCAGCAAACCCUGCAAGGCGGGACUAAACCUCAAAAUGUGAACUAUGCGAGGAUGCUGCCAGGUAAAGGCCCUGGAAUCGGAGUCAAACCCGGAGGUCCACUCGGCGCCCUGGGGAGCCGGUACGGCACCAAAGCAAUGAAGACUGGAAUUGGACGUUAUCCUGUGGCCCAUCAUGGUGUUGGAGGCUACAGGUCUCUGGGAUUAGGAGGGAAAGCAGCGUUGAAGCAGGGUGGAUACGUCAACCAGGGACCUUACGGUGCCAACUUGGGUGCAGGAGUGGGACUGGGACAUGGCCUUCCAAACGGACUGGGUCUGGGCCAUGCAGGGAAACGGGGUUAUGGUAAUGGCCACGGCACUCUUCCAGGAUACGGAGCUUUUCCAGGCAUGACCUAUCCUGGAGUACGACAAGGUGUGUCCGCGGCAGAUUUGGGUGGACCUGUGAUGGCCAGUCUGGGCCAGGCCGGUCAGCAUCCUAAGAGAGAACAGAACAGAGGUUUAGGUCACCCGUACGGAAGAGAAGACAAACCACGUGGACUCGAGGUGCCGGGCAGCAGAUUCGGUUCCACUGUUCCUGAAUUACACACAAGAAUUAUUGUUGAACGCAUAUAUCCAGACGGUCAGUCACCAAGUCUUACACCAGGACGGCCUCACGAUGGUGUGGCUGUUUCACAAGCACAGCCAGAACAUGAAACGAGGGGUUUAAUGAGUCCUGAAGACACGCUGGCAGCAGGUGAUGUGAGGAGAGAACCCCCGGCCGAUAAGGACAAGAUCAGGACUCUGGGUUCUGCCAGUACCAAAGACUUAGACGUGCCAACGCAACAAAAUCAAAAGCCUAAAAAAUGCAAAUCUCUAUGUGAGAUCUCUACUGGUUUAUUAGAUAAACUAAAAAUCAGACACCUUGAGUUGGUAGAAGCAGACCCUGAAAGGAUUCACAGUUUAGCGCCUGAGCCACAUGAUGGUGAAGCGACCAGAAAUCUCGGACGUCCAAACCCAUCAGGACAAAAAGACACAAUCCAUCAUCUUCCUCUUUCACAAGGUCCUGAUGUCGGAGGCAAAGUGUUCUCCCCACUGCAUGGGGUUUUAUCAGCUCCUGGCCUCAGGCGGGACCCCAACGGACCUGCGACCGGGAACCCAGAUGGAUUUCAGAUCGGAGGACUUGAAAAUGGAAAGCAUGGCUUUGCACCGGUGAUCCCUGGGGAAACUCGACCCCAGAGUUUAGACAUGACCCCGGCCGGAGAAGGGCCGGAAAGGUUUACUGCACCUGAUGCAAAACACCAUUCUCAACCUGAGCAUGUAAUGAGAGAUUAUAAAGCCCUUCGUAUCCCGGGGCAGGCUGGGAGGAAUACACAAGCCGCAAGUCAUAACGGCGGAGGAGGAAACUACCUGGGGGCCAACAUGGGCAACGGGGGCUACGGACCAGGCCUGGGACAGGGCCUGGGACAGGGCCCGUACCUGGGCGGUGCAGCCGGAAAACUUGGAGGUGCAGCUGGACUUGGACAGGGUGGGUAUCCCCACGGUGUCGGAGGGAAGACGAACGGCUAUCAUGACGGCGCGGCGGGAUUCCACGGUGUUGCUGCGGGCAAUGGCUUUGGUUAUGGUAAUGGUUACGGCGACGGUUUAGGAGCUGACCUCGGUUACCCUGCAGAGUUAGCCGAUGUGGCUGAGAACAAAGCAGGAAAGAGUAAAGCCCUUGGGAAUGGAAAUGGAGCCUAUAAUGGACAUCCCCAGGGGGGAUACGGAGCACUUGGAGCAGGACUGGACCCAGCUGGUGGCAAAUAUGGUGGUGCAGCAGGGCAAGGUCCUUAUGGUAAUGCCCCUAUGAUUCCUGCCGGACUGGAAGGUGAUGUCGGCUAUCCGUUUGGCUCUCAGCCGCUCAGCCUCGUUGCUGAAGGUGCCAAAACCGCCAGCAAAUACGGAGCAGCUGCAGGAUACGGAGGUCACCAACCAGGUUAUGGUGCACAGCAGCUCGGAGUAGCUCAUGAUGGCUUGGGAGAGCAUAACGGCAAAUAUGGGAUGAACGGCGGUCACGGUAACGGGUAUAAAGGUUAAAUCAUCAGACACGGAUCUCUUCAAGUGGAUCAUCGCCUUAAUGUUUUCAUUGUAAUGCUUUUUUUUGUUUGUUUAAAAACAUAUUUGAUCCUGUUGUGCAUUCUGUUUCUGUAUUGACUUAUUUGUCUUGAGCAUCCUGUAUUGCCGUGUACGUGGACAGUUGUUACUUGUCUGUUUUUAUUUUGUUUGUACGAAUCCUGCUGUACGCCAUCUGUUUAAUUCGAUUCUGCCCAAAGAUGAUGAAAAAUAGACAUAAAGAGCAAGAAAUGUGUGACAGUGUUUAAAAAGAAAAAAGAAAUCACGAUUUGCUUUGUGAUUUGACUGUUUUUAAUCCAAUAAAUUAUAAUGUCAAAUGAU